AGGCUUAUAAUACUAUUCAUCAUCACCAAGCAGGAGACUGCCCGAGUCCCCCCAACAUCCGAGCAAGCUGACCACACGGAGCAUAUCUUCAUCGAUAUUCAAUAACAGCCUCUACGCUUCUCUCCGUGUGAGUCGGCAAGACGAUACGAAUCCCACCCGUCUUAGUCACAUCAUGCACACCCCUCAGCCGCCGUGUGAGGCACGAGAGGAAGGACACAUUUGUCCUCCUACAGAAUAUACACCGCUCCUCGCCGAGUCAUCGAAACCUACCUCGGAAUUGCAUAAGGAAGAUCAGAAUGCUCACUACGACUGGGUAGCAGAGCUCCGGUUGCUGGCACAAUACUCGCUUCCCCUGAUAGCUACAUACUUGUUGCAGUACACAUGGUCCAUCAUAACCACGUUCGUCGCUGGUCAUCUCGGCCCCGAUGAUCUGGCCGCGGCGAGUAUGGGAAUGACAACAAUGGCCAUUGCCGGAUUUGCAAUUUUCGAGGGCAUGGCUACGGCCUUGGACACACUCUGCUCUCAGGCUUACGGCUCGAACAACUUGACAGGGGUUGGUGUGCAUGUUCAACGUAUGUUGGUUCUGAUGGCCGUGGUGUCUAUUCCCUUGGCUACCAUCUGGGCCGCAUCGCCUAGUAUCCUGUCGCUCUUCGUGGACCAAGAGCAUGUGAUCGCUAAGACGGGUGCUUUUCUACGGGUUAGCAUCCUGGGGAUGCCUGGGUAUGCGUCGUUCGAGGCAUUGAAGCGUUUCCUACAAGCCCAGGGGAAUUUCUCGAUUGCCAUGGUCAUCCUCCUCAUCUGCACUCCAGUCAAUGCCUUCACCAGCUGGUUCUUCGCCUUCCAGCUUGGCAUGGGACUCAAUGGUGCUGCUCUGGGCAUCGCAUUGACCAACACCCUCCGUCCCCUCCUGCUUAUUCUCUACUGCUUGACGCCGUUUGGGCGGUGGUCCCAUAAGUGCUGGGGCGGCUUCUCACGAACCGUCUGGACUAACUGGAAGCCAAUUGUCAAGCUAUCCUUCGCCGGCUCUGCCGUCAAUCUGGCCGAAUGGGGAUCUUUCCAGAUCGUUGGAUUCAGCACUUCGCGUCUGGGCACCAACCACCUGGCAGCACAGUCGGUUCUGGUCACUGUCUCCAUGGUGACAUGGCAUAUUCCCUUUUCCAUGAGCGUGGGCAUCAGCACUCGUGUCGGCCACUUGAUUGGGGCUGGCCUUGUGAGCACUGCUCGACGUGCUGCCACCCUGUACUGUAUUGUAUUUACCGUGGUCGGCUGCAUCAACUGCUUCGCGCUAUAUUUCCUACAACACUCUAUCCUAAGCUUCUUCCUGGAAGAGAACAACACUCGCGUCGUCUAUGAACUUGCCGCUUCCACCAUGGUUGUGGUCAGUUUGUACCAGAUUAUCGAUGCCUUUAUAUGCUGGACUAAUGGAAUCCUUCGUGGUCUUGGGCGACAGUCCGUAGCCGCAUGUGUUGUCAUCGCCGUCAACUACUGCGCUGCUGUGCCGCUUGCAUUGUGGCUGGAGCUGGGACCCCCUGGGUUUGCUCUUAAUGGAGCUUGGCUGGGUAUCGCGAGCGGCAUGGUCAUUAUCGCCAUUAUCGAAUGUUUCUACAUCAAGUUGCUCGACUGGGACAGGUGCGUGGGACGUGUGCGAAAGACGUUGUGA